AUGAAGCGGCCUUUGUUGUUUUGUGAGUCUAAGUUUUACAAUGCAUCAGAGCCAAUAUGGCUGAGUCUGCAAAAGGAAGGAGGACGUAGUGCAUCGUACUUUUGGCCUGCAACAACAAGUUAUCAAGUCAAACCCACGUACUACCAAAGAGAAACUUGUUUGAUUAACUGCAGUGCAAUCAAUCCUAAGGACCUUUCAAAGUUUAGGAACAGAACUUUUCCAGGCUUUCCCCCUUACGUCCAACGUGCGUUCGACAUAAGAGGUGCGUCGUCUGUACGUGUUGAUAAGGCGGUGGAGUGGCUUAGUUCGAAAAAACCUCCGCAUUUCAUCGCUCUCUGUUUUAAACAGCUCGAUAAUACAGGUCACGCAUACGGACCUUUCUCAAACGAGUACAAGCAAAUGAUAAAACAUAUUGAUGUAAAAGUUGUUGGAUACUUACUCAAGCCUUUAAAUGAAAGUGGUUUUCUGCAAAAACUGAACUUAACAGUGGUUAGCCAUCAUGCAAUGGAUAAGUCAUCGUCUACUCGUCGAGUGUACUUGGAUGAUUACAUCGAUCCCUCAAGCUACACUUUGUUGGGUUUAGGCUCUGUACCGGUACACAUCUGGCCCUAACCAGGAAUGAUAGACAUCAUAUAUCAAAACCUCACAAGAAAUUCAAUACUUCAUGUCCGGAAAGUGUACAGAAAAGAGAACAUAUCAGAUGAGUACCACUGGAAGAAUAAUCGCCGAAUUCCACCGAUCUACGUCGAGACUGAAGUUGGUUGGGUGGUUACACGUUCUCGAAACGAUGCUCUGCAAGAUCAAGGAUGGCAUGGCUGGCCACCUGACCAAUCAAAAAGCUACUCAAUAUUGUACGCCCGGGGUCCCGCUUUCAGGGAAGGUGUGGUGGUGAACCCUUUCAAUACCGUGGAUCUGUGCCCCCUGAUGAGCAAACUUCUUGGAAUAAACCCGCGUCCAAAUAAUGGCUCCAUGGAAAACGUCAAAGCUGUCCUAAGAAAGGCGCGCACCACCGCUGGAAAAGUUCUUCAUCGCCAUUGCUUGAGUGCGGCUGAAGUCAAGGAUAAUCAACCUCCGCUAAUAAUAGUAUCACUGGAUGGAAUGGACUGGCGAGUAUUGAAGAGUCAACUUUCCCAAACUACUAAUCUAAACUUCAUCGCACAAACAGGAGUCAAAGCUGAAUACAUAAAAAAUGUUAUGCCCACCUCUACCUGGCCCAAUCAUCACACCAUUCUCACUGGUCUGUACCCCGAAAGUCACGGUAUUGUGGACAACAGAUUUUGGGAUCCUUUGUAUGAAGAAAAGUUUAUUUUCGGUUACGACUGCUCUAACUUUGAUCCCAAGUUUUACAAUGCAUCAGAACCAAUAUGGCUAAGUCUACAAAAACAGGGAGGACGUAGUGCAUCGUAUUUUUGGCCUGCAACAACAAGUUAUUCCAUCAAGCCCACAUACUACGAAAAGGAAACCUGCUUCGGCAUUGAUUGCAGUGCAAUCGAUUCUAAGGACCUUCCAAAGUACAGAAACAGAACUCUUCCACCUAACUCAAGUUUACCCUACGUCCACUGUGUGUUCGAUUUGAGAGGUCCGUGGUCGGCGCGCGUCGAUAAGGCGGUGGAAUGGCUUAGUCUGGAAAAACCUCCGCAUUUUAUCGCUCUCUAUUUCGAGCAGCCUGACGCAGUCGGUCACUCACAUGGGGUGUCCUCACAGGAGUACAGGCAGAUGGUAGAAAAUGUUGAUGCCAAUGCCGUUGGAUACUUACUCAAGCGUUUAAAUGAAAGCAGUUUUCUACCAAAGGUGAACUUGAUAGUUGUUAGCGAUCACGGAAUUGAAGACACUCCCUCGAGUCGCCGAGUGUACUUGGAUGAUUUUAUUGAUCCCUCGAGUUAUACAGUGAUACAUACGGGAUCUGUACCAGCGCACAUUUGGCCCAAGCCAGGAAUGAUAGACAUCAUUUACCAAAACCUUACAAGUAAUCCAAUACCUCAUGUCCGUGAAGUGUACAGAAAAGAGGACAUACCAGAUGCGUAUCAUUGGAAGAAUAAUCGCCGAAUUCCACCGAUCUUUAUUGAUACUGAAGUUGGUUGGGUGGUUACACGUUCUCGAAACGAUACUCUGCAAGAUCGAGGAUCUCAUGGCUGGCCACCUGACCAAUCAAAAAGCUAUUCAAUAUUCUACGCCCGCGGUCCCGCUUUCAGGGAAGGUGUGGUGGUGAACCCUUUCAGUACCGUGGAUCUGUACCCCUUGAUGAGCAAACUUCUUGGAAUAAAACCGCAUCCAAACAACGGCUCAAUGGAAAACGUCAAAGCCGUCCUAAAAGAGAGGCACACUACUGCCGGAAAAGUGCUGCAUCAUCUCUGCUUGAGGCUUGUGUUGGUGACACUUUUUAUGGCCUUCGCUGUUGUUAACAAUUGAAACAAUAUAAAAUAGCAUACCAAUUUGCUCGUGAUCAGUUCCCUUAGGGCGCUUAAUAAUGUUCUACUUAGUCUGCACGUGAGUAUUCAAUAUCAGCUGUUGUUAAAUGUUAAAGAUGUCACGUGAGGGUUUUACGGGUGUUAAAGUUUAUAAGCCGUUGUUAACGGAUUGACUCGGUUUGUGAUACGUAUUGCACAUCGGACACUAAUGCACUAGCCUAACACUUUUCCAAACCAAUCGUGAAUCGCUUACUUAUAAUAAAUGUGCUUGAGGCCAGUUUCGCGUAAUAAA